GGUCGGGAAGGGGGGGGGGGGGUGUUCCAGACACAAGGAGAGGGAGAGUUGACUGCCCCGCCUCCUUCCAUGACCAAAUCCUUGCGGAGACUAGAAUUGCUGUGUACACUCGUCGGAUUGACGCGAUCCUAUUGGAAGUUGUGGUUUCAUUCCAGCUGGGCAUCAGCUCCUUUCGGUGAGAGCUUUGUGGGUUGAUGGUGAUGCGAGAGAGAGUGCGCUCGCAGGGAUAUGCUGUGCGUUCGUUUAUGAGCUGUUCUUACUGGUGUUUCAUGUGUAUGGAGCUAGGAGAGGAGAGGGGAGAGGUGAGGAGCGGAGUGGAGGGAAGUCGGGGACGAGGGACGAGGACGCGGAGUGUGAGGGGUGUGUGUUUUUGAGGACGCGGAGGGAUUUGUGAGAGGGUGGGAUUUGAGGUACGGAUCGGUGUAGUUGAAUUGUGUGUAGGAAUCGAGGCUGGUGGUGGUGGUGGAAGGCGAGGAGGAGGAGGAGGAGUGUGGCAUGUGAGAGUAGUGGUUGUGUUUAUUUGGUUUUUUUUCGUUGUGGGGUGUGAGUUUGUGGGACGGGAGGUGGAUCUGUAGGGUUUGACGGAGUGUUUGUAUGGGAGGGUUGAGGAGGGAAGUAAGGUCGUGAUUGGCCAUGAACGGUCGACGCCAACAUGCAAGGAGGAUGCGUCGCAAGAAUGGUGGCGAUGGCGUCUUCUCAACGUUGCUACAUCAGCUUGUGGCAGAGUGCAGCUUGAGGAGGUGCUAGAAUAGUGUACAGAGAGCGGCCUUUACAGUGCAUUUUACAUGUGUACCGACUACUGCUGGACUGGUUCUGGGCAAAGUGCAGGACGAGGCCAGAGAUCCUGACAGUUGAAGCAUUAUAUGUGUAUUUUACCCUUAACUUGCUGGACAUUGCUUGCAAUCUUGCCCUCUAAACUCACACGUACGCCUGGGAUGAAUCGAAUUUUUGUCCGAUCAGAGAUGUCUCGGAAAGAACGUGGAAGUGCUGCCGGGCUAUGAUUUCUACACAUCAAUCUGUUGAGCCCCUGUAGGGAUUGAUUAGAGGGUUUCCUUCUGCCAAAUGUACUCACGAUGGAGUGAGAAAGGGCCACUGUGUACUAUCGACGCUUGCAGCCAUUUCCGUUAUGCUCAACCUUUUCUGCGAGAUGAAAGGCUUCUUUGAUGCACCGAUUUUCGGGUGAUCGUUUCUGUCGGCCUCGAAAAUUGGAUUGUCGAGCUCGAUCCCCAUCUUGUAGUGGAGACAGGAGUGUGAAAUCCUCCCCGUGUGCAGGGGGUUUUGUAGAUUUUGUAACUAUGGAUCGCCAUUCCAGUCAGUGUGAUAGAAGGAUAUGUCCGAUUGUCCUGGACAAACUCUGCGGUAGAGGCAGGGAAGAUUCCCACACUUUGCUCUAGUUACAGAGACACCUUGUGGUGCGUUGUAACAAAGAGCAAACAUGGGGGCCGCGUGCUCACGAAAAUGUUGUCGGAAGAAGCAGCCCAUUGACGAAGAGGAGGUUUGUAAGAACGUUCCUCACCAUCGAUGGCCUUCACUGAACAACGAGAAGAUGACUACAUUAAACCCCACCGUAAUGGUUCAGAAUCAGUUAAAAGCCUCGGAGAAGGGUAAGCACGACCCACCUCCUGCAAUGGCAGACAUAAUUUCUGCGACCGGCGUUCAAUUUACUUUUGGGGUGAACGACCAUGACCUUGAGACUGUGGACUCUGGGGAAGUUGCUCCCGUCAUUGAUAAAGAUGAAAGGAACACAGAUGAGAAGAGGCGGCUUUCUAGGAUUUUAUCUGGUAGGGCCAGUACUGUGAGAAAUAUGACCUCCAUAGUUGCGAAGAAGGGUGCUUCUAGGGUCUUGGGAAAGGCUGUGGAAGCAUUUGACAACCUUGGGAGUUCAGUUGCUAACCGAGCCGGGCCAACUUUCGCAGCCGGAGUAGUUCCGAAAGGAAACAAGAUUGGUAUUUUGGCAUUCGAAGUUGCCAACACAAUUGUGAAAGGCUCCAAUCUGAAACAGUCUCUAAGUGAAGAGGAAAUGAAAAUAUUAACAGAGGAAACCUUGGGUUCAGAGGGCGUUCAACUUUUGGUCUCUACAGAUUAUAAAGAACUCAUGAGUAUUGCUGCCGCAGACAAGAGGCAUGAGCUCAAGGUUUUCACGGACGAGGUUGUUAGGUUCGGUAAUCAUUGCCGCGACCCUCAGUGGCACAACCUUGAUCGAGUAUUCUCUCGUUUGAUCAAAGAUGGUGCUGUUCCUCAUCAGUCUAAAGAAGAAGCAAAUCGUGUCAUGAAUGACUUGAUGGUCCUUGCUCAGAACACUGCGGAAUUGUAUCAUGAGCUGCAUUCCUUGGACCGCUUCAGAAUAGAUCUGAAACGCAAGCAACAAGAGGAGGAGUUUUAUUCUGGAAAUGUUGCUCGUGGUGCUGCGAUACCAGAAGAAACAGUGUCGCUCUUGAAGAGUGAAGUUAAGAGCCAGGAAAGGCAUGUAAAGACGCUCAAGAGGAGAUCAUUAUGGGCUAAAAUUCUAGAAGAGGUCAUGGAACAAUUGGUGGAUAUUGUAUAUUAUCUUUACCAAGAAAUCAAUGAAAAUUUUGGGCCUGAUGUAUUCUUGGAAGAGGCUGAGAACGGCUGCACAAGGAAGACUGGGAAGCUUGGAACAUCUGGCUUGGCGCUUCAUUAUGCGAAUAUCAUCAAUCAGAUAGACACCCUGGUAACAAGACCUAGUUCGGUGCCUCCUAACGCAAGGGACAAUCUUUAUCAAGGGUUGCCCCCAACUAUGAAAGCUGCAUUGAGAAUUCGCUUACAGCAAAAUUCCAAUUUGGAUCAAAUGACAAUUGACGAAUUAAAAAGUGAGUUGUACAAGAUUUUGGAUUGGAUGGUUCCAGUUGCUUCCAACACGACGAAGGCUCACCAUGGAUUUGGAUGGGUUGGUGAGUGGGCAAAUACUGGGUCGGCAGCCGAUCGGAAGGCAAUGGGAUACACAGAAAUAACACUGUUGCAAACAUUGCACCAUGCGAAUCAACAGAAAGUGGAGGCCUAUAUUUUAGAACUUAUUGUUGGGUUGCAUCAUUUGGUCAGCCGAGCAAGGAAAAACAUGAACAAGAACAGCAAUGUACAGUUGUUACCACAGAAACCUCCGAACAAGACACAGGAUAAGAAGCCGGUGGAACUUGGUAGAAGAAAAUUAGUUGAGCCAUUCGUACCGCCUGAGAGGAACAUCUCCCCCCCACCCUUUGAAAUGUUUGCCUCAGUGAGUCUUUCAAAUUCACCAAGUUUCUCGAAUGGGUUUCCAAACCUACCUCAUCAUGCUCCAGUGACUUCAAGCAGCUCGAAGCUCUCACAGGAGGACGAAUCUACGUUGAGUCAUGUUGACAGUGGUUCAUCAUCGAGUCCCAUAUUUACUCCAGGACUCGGUAUGUCGGAAGAAUUCGACUCCAGCGUUGUCCUCGCAGAACGAGAACAGCCAAAGUUAAGCCAAAACAGCAGCCAUUCUUCAAGUACGGCGAAGAAGUUUGAACUUGAUCAAACUAUCCACAAACCAAGAAACAGUAAGGUCGAUCCUCUUAGGGAUGAUGUGCAUAGAGUAAACGAGCAUAGCGUAUAGUGAUGCUUCGCUUUAUACAUGCUGUGUUGAAGUUGAAGUUCUCUCGACACUUUCCAAGUUUUUCUUGAUAAUAUAUUUCUCCUUUUUUUCGUGAGUAAGAUUGACUAGCUAGCUUGCUCGAUUUACAUGUCAUCUAAGCACAACACGUCCACGUAGGAAGGGCAUUCGAGAUCCAUACCUUAGUCACGUUCUUUUUCUUGAAGAGGAUUAAUGUCUUCCACCAAGACUUCGAUACAGCAGAAAGCAAUAUCUGUAGAAGUUAGUGACAGCAUAUGCCCACGCCUCAUUUUCACACGUUGUAAAUGAUGGAGCAUUCCCGAUUGUAGUUAAGCCGAAGAGACGUUUCUAAAUGCUCCUAUUAACAACUGUACCUCUCACAGAGCAGUCAGUGGGGUUUCUUCUCCUCACUUUCAUGAUCUAUUCAACAGUGUACCGUAAUCUAGGCUCUUGUCUUGUAAUAUAGCCUAGCUAGUCCUAUAUUCUGUCCAUUGACUUUCUAAAGUCGGUAGUCACACCAGGCCUUUUGGGCGUGCUUUUGACUUAGUGGGUACCUCACGGCACUUCCUUUUAUUUUAUUUUAUUUUUAAGUUCCGGUGUUUUAUGUAAUAAAGUAAGCUACAAUCAA